UCUAUAUCAAACACGUCGGUGCGGGUUCUACAAACUCGGAAGCAUCAUGGGACUUCGCCCGCGAGCAUCUGGCGGAUUGCUGCAAGAACCAUGAGCAAUGCGGUUUCAGGGGCACCAACCCGUAGGUAUCCUCGAAACGAUACCCUACGCGACUCAUAAACGUUGGCACUGGAGAGAGGGCUAGCGUUCGACUUAUCGAAACGGCGCAAGCGGUUCUUGACGGCUCUUGACGGCUCUUACGUUACGUUAAGUCAUUGCUGGGGAGAUGCUGCGGCUGCGGCCAUUGUCAAACUCACGACAACGAACCUCGCGAUUUUCCAAGAUCAAAUUCCUUCUCUUCCGGCGACAUUUCAGGACACGAUCCUGGUUACUCGACGGCUUGGAGCUCAGUACAUAUGGAUCGAUUGCCUGUGCAUUCUUCAGGAUGACAUCUCGGAUUAGGAGAGGGAGUCGAGCGCCAUGGCAGAGGUGUACAGGAACGGCCUCUGCAAUAUCACGGCCACUGCGUCCAAGGGUCCCCAACAAGGCCUGUUCCGCGAUCGAGGUGACAUUAUCAGGAAUACCCGUCAAGAGCUCGAAUGGGCAUCCAUUGCUACUCAUUAAAAGCGACGACGUCACGGAACAUGAAGGGGACGAAGCCCCGCCGCAGAAGAGGGGUUGGGCCCUGCAAGAGCGGCUCCUCUCGAGGCGCAUUCUUCAUUUUUCCUCUAGACAGCUCGUCUGGGAGUGCAACGCACUGGUGGCAUCGGAAAGCUUCUCUCUCGGCGUUCCUCAAACCUGGAAGUCGCAGCGGACCGCGAGGCGUCUAGACAUCAGCCGUGGAAACCACCGAUGGCGCAGGGGCAAAGAUGAAAUCUUCUUGGAAAUUUGGGGUGAUAUCGUGGAACGCUACACUGCCAUGUAUUUGACUUAUCGCUCAGACCUCCUACCGGCUCUUUCCGGAGUGGCAAAAUAUCUCGAAGGUCUCUACGGUGCAAAGUACCUUGCGAAAAUCUGGAAGAAGCCAGGAGCAGACGCCGAGUUCUCAGUUCACCUGGGUUGGAAAUGCACAGCCUUCAGGCCAAAUUGUACUCGGAGCCAUUCGGCUGAAUACCGAACACCGACCUGGAGCUGGGCUUCAACAGAGCAUCACGUUAAUCUUCGCCCAUCAGAAAACCCAUUUGAGGGCAGAGAUUACGGAGAGUGAAGUCUGGUCAGCAUAGAAGCCGGAGCGCGCAUACUGGGUGCACAAGUCGUUCCGGC